CAUUAUUGAAAGAGAAAAAAAGAAAACGAAAGGAAAAUAAAAAGGCGAAAGGGGAAAAAAGAGAGAAGAAAGCUUAGAGAGCCAAACAGACACUCUUCCCCCCUCCACUCUUCUUCUUCUUCUUCGAUCUUCCUCUUCCGCUGCCUAUAUAAAGCUGCGUUAAAUCAAGGGGCCCUCCGAAUCCAACCGCGAGCGCGAACGCCGAUGCAAAUGCUGCUCCACGUCAGCUCCCCCUUCGCCCUCCUCGCGACGCCCCCACGCCUCGCCGCCUCCUCAUCAGCUUCGCCGGGGAGAUCGGGGAGAGUGCCGUCCCAGGCGCCGGCGGCGCAUUCCGCCCGAGCCGCUGGUAUUGGGACACGGAUGGUUGAAGCUGCGUCGCGUAGGCCGCCUAUGGCGACGGGGGAGGAGGGCUCUGCCGCCCGCGCUGCUGACGCCGACGUCGCCUCCGAGGGAUUCUUAUCAGAUGCGAGAGCUUACUGGGUGAUGAGGUCCCUGAUUGCCUGGGAUGUCAGCGAUCAAGAAACCUCCCUCUGCUUAUACGCAAGCAGUAGUGCUACAAUGUGCAUGUCUAAUGGGGUUAUUGAAGGUUAUGAUUUCAAAAUUGAGCUGCAACCAGAACAUGCCGGACUUCCAUCCAGUGUGACCCAGAAGUUCCCUUUCAUCAGCUGUUAUAAAGCCUUCAGAGUUCCCAGCUCUGUUGAUGUUGCCAGCCUUGUGAAAUGCCAACUUGCUGUUGCUUCUUUUGGCGCUCAUGGGAAAAGCCGAGAUGUUACGGGAUUGCAACUGCCUGGUGUAUUGGAUGACAUGUUUACUUACACUGGACCACUUGGUGCAGUUUUCAGUGAGGAAGCUGUGAGCCUGUACCUUUGGGCUCCUACAGCACAGGAUGUGAGUGUAUGCUUAUAUGAUGGUCCAGUGGGGCCUUUACUGGAGACAGUCCAACUUAAUGAGUCAAAUGGUGUUUGGAGUGUUACUGGACCAAGGGAUUGGGAGAACCGGUACUAUCUGUAUGAAGUCACGGUGUAUCAUCCAGCUACGUCACAAGUUGAGAAAAGUUUGGCUGAUGAUCCAUAUGCUAGGGGGCUUUCUGCAAAUGGCACACGGACUUGGUUGGUUGACAUUAAUAGUGAAACAUUGAAGCCACCUUCCUGGGAUAAAUUGGCGGAUGAAAAACCAAAGCUUGAUUCCUUCUCUGACAUAAGCAUAUAUGAAUUGCAUAUUCGUGAUUUCAGUGCCCAUGAUAGCACAGUGGACUGUCACUCUAGAGGAGGCUUCUGUGCAUUUACAAGUCAGGAUUCGGCGGGAGUACAUCACUUAAGGAAGUUGUCUGAUGCUGGUUUGUCUCAUGUGCAUUUGUUGCCAAGCUUUCAUUUUGGUGGUGUUGAUGACAUUAAGAACAAUUGGAAAUGUGUUGACGAGGCUGAACUGUCAAAACUCCCUCCCGGAUCAGAUACGCAACAAGCUGCCAUAGUAGCUAUUCAGGAAGAGGACCCGUAUAAUUGGGGGUAUAACCCUGUGCUUUGGGGGGUUCCGAAAGGAAGCUAUGCAACAAACCCAGAUGGUCCAAGCCGUAUAGUUGAAUAUCGACAGAUGGUCCAGGCCCUGAAUCGCUUAGGUCUUCGUGUGGUCAUGGAUGUUGUAUAUAAUCAUCUAUACUCGAGUGGUCCUUUUGGCAUCACUUCAGUGCUUGACAAGGUUGUUCCUGGGUACUACCUUAGAAGGGACACUAAUGGUCAGAUCGAGAAUAGUGCAGCUGUGAACAAUACUGCAAGUGAACAUUUCAUGGUUGAUAGGUUAAUCGUGGAUGACCUUCUCAAUUGGGCAGUUAAUUACAAAGUUGACGGGUUCAGAUUUGAUCUUAUGGGACAUAUCAUGAAAAACACCAUGAUGAGAGCAAAAUCUUCUCUUCAAAGCCUUACAACGGAUGAACAUGGAGUCAAUGGUUCAAAGAUAUACUUGUAUGGUGAAGGAUGGGACUUUGGGGAAGUUGCACAAAAUAAACGUGGAAUAAAUGCAUCCCAGCUUAAUAUGAGUGGCACAGGGAUUGGCAGUUUCAAUGACAGAAUCCGUGAUGCUAUUAAUGGGGGUAAUCCGUUUGGUAAUCCACUACAGCAAGGCUUUUCUACUGGUCUGUUCUUAGAGCCAAAUGGAUGUUAUCAGGGUAAUGAAACGGAUACCAGGCUUACACUUGCUACAUAUGCUGACCACAUACAGAUCGGACUAGCUGGUAAUCUGAGGGACUAUGUACUAAUAUCUCAUACUGGAGAAGCUAAGAAGGGAUCAGAAAUUUGCACUUUUGAUGGAUCACCAGUUGGCUAUACCUCAUCCCCAAUAGAAACCAUCAACUAUGCUUCUGCUCAUGACAAUGAGACUCUAUUUGAUAUUAUCAGUUUAAAGACCCCUAUGAGCCUCUCAAUUGACGAGAGAUGCAGGACAAAUAGUUUGACCUCAAGCAUGAUUGCAUUGUCCCAGGGUAUACCAUUUUUCCAUGCUGGUGAUGAGAUACUGAGAUCUAAGUCACUUGAUCGAGAUUCAUAUAACUCCGGUGAUUGGUUUAACAAGCUUGAUUUUACCUAUGAAACAAACAAUUGGGGGGUGGGUCUUCCUCCAAGAGAAAAGAAUGAAGAGAAUUGGCCUUUGAUGAAACCAAGAUUGGAGAACCCAUCUUUCCGACCUGCAAAAGGUCACAUUCUUGCUGCCUUAGACAAUUAUGUUGACAUCUUGAAGAUCAGAUAUUCUUCGCCGCUCUUUCGUCUAAGAACUGCAAGUGACAUUGAGCAAAGGGUUCGCUUUCACAACACAGGGCCCUCCUUAGUCCCAGGAGUUAUUGUCAUGAGCAUCAAAGAUGGACGGAAUAAUGGACCUGAGAUGGCUCAGUUAGAUAAAAACUUCUCUUAUGUCGUUACAAUCUUCAAUGUAUGUCCGUAUGAAGUAUCUAUAGAAAUCCCUGACCUUGCAUCAAUGGGGCUUGAAUUGCAUCCUGUGCAGGUGAAGUCGUCGGAUGCUUUAGUCAGGCAGUCUGCAUACGAGACUGCCACAGGCCGAUUCACCGUGCCCAGAAGGACAACAGCAGUGUUCGUUGAACCCAGGUGCUGAUGCCUUUUGAGAACAAUCGCAUUCGGCAUCGAAGAAAAUUCAGUGAAGAAUAAGAGAGAAGACCCUUCUAGUGUAUAACUAAGAAAUAGAUAGAAGAAUAAGAGGCUGUCUUGGCUACUUUAUAUGCAUAAAAAAAUAAAAUGCAAACUCGCCAAGGCUCGCUGAUUGUCAAAACCAAAAACGUAUUGUAUGUUGUAUCGUAUUGUAUGGUUUGCAAAGUAAAUAAAUGAUGUUUAACUGCUGCAUCAUGGAAGAUGCUAAACCA